AUUUCAGAUAAUACUGUAAAAGGCUUAUUUUUUAUACUUUUAAAGUUCACAUUUCUCAUAAAUGUUAUAGGCUGUUUACGCCUGGUAUAAGGAUGUGUUUUGGUCGAUCGAAUCACAAGUGCUACUCUUAAAACGAAUGUGUUAAAACAACACACAUAUCUGUGUUAUUAUUGGAACAACACACAUCUUGUCCCUUUUAUUUAUUUGAACACAAAAUCAACAAAAAGACACAUAAAGUGUUAAAUAGAAUAGCACAUCCUUUUAGUUGAUAAGAGACACACGUUUACAUUUACUGGUGUAAAUCUGGAGCACUGGAAGUUUUCACAGUGGGCAGCAAUGUAGUUGUUAUGCACAUAUAGAGAAAUAAUAACAAGAACGAUUACAAUACUGAUUUUUUUCUUUGGAUACACUUGUAACUCACUGCUGUUGCUUGUUGCCUUGCCUAAAAGCUCACAUCAUUAUGUUGACCAAACAAAAUUAAAGAACGACUAAAGCAUAAAACAAAGUUUUAUGGAUUGAAUUAAAAUUUUGUCCGUUCACACCUUUGCUUUUCUGGUAGCUUUUCAGAAAAAUCUUUUUUUCUUGAUAUUGAUUUCUAAAACUUAAAGGGGUGGUUUACCGGACAGGGAUUAGCUUAAGCCAGGACUAGACCUUAGUUUAAUAUAACUAGUUUUAACAAACACGCCUUACUAAAAACAUUACUUGUGCAUUUUGAGGGAAAACAAAGGGCACUGAUGUAUUUAAAGAUCUGUCAGUGCAAAAUGUGUUCUUGUGCAAAUUUCACAUGCUCGCAAAAUGAAACAAAAAUGAAAGAGGCAGAGCCAGUUCACCAAACCCCCUAAUAAUUUGAAGUACUCUACUGGUGUUGAUGGAUUGAUAAUAUAGUAAACCCCUACAUGUACCACCGUCUGGCGUAGCUAUUUUACAAGUUAAAGGAUGUGUAUUGGUGUAUAUGUUUGUUAAGCAAAUAAAACGUGUGUGUGUGUACACCCCCGUAUGUGUCUUUUAUUGGAUAUUCUCCAGAAGUAGUAAAAUAUGCCUUACAACCCGCCACACUCUUAUGCGCCUGCCAGUCAACCCGUCACACCUGCUUUGCUACCUGCCACACACUUAUGCACCUGCCAAUCGAUCUUACCAAAAUGAUAAAGCUCAAGGAUCACUGCCAGGCGAUAUAUUUUCUCUAACAAAGUAAAGGCUUUUCUUUCAAAGCCUACAGCGAACGGCUGGUUUAGACUACAGCCCUCUACUUCCCGGUUGAAUGACGUCAAUAUUAGAGUUUUUGACUAAACUCCGCCCACAGGAAUACGUCAGUCGCCAGCUAAGCUCAAACAGCUCUGGUAAGCUAAGCUAUGCUAAGCUAAGUUGCUAUCGAAUCACAACACACUAAACAAGCUACACAAUCAGAACUUGUUGCGUAUUUCUGAAGGAGGGACUUCAUAGAACAAGAAAGACAUCAGGCCGUUUUUAGGACAGUGAAAACAGCGGUAUAAAAAUAAGUAAAUUGUGUGAAAAAUACUGUGUUUUUCAGACACGAAACAGACGCAUGUUAUUUUGCGCACCGUAAACACAAUCAUAGCUUCAGUACAACAGGAAAAACAGGACCUGUUUUCAAGCAUACAAUGUAUAACAAAUACUGAUAUGCGUAUAUAUGAGAAAUAAAGCUCACAGCCUCAUCAUCAGAGUUUGCCAUCUUCCCAAACAGAAAUGUAUUUUUUUAUUUCUUUAUUCAUGUUUUUGUGUUGUUGCUUAUAAGGCAAAGAAGCCCUGACGGAAAGCAGAUCUUUAAAGAUCUUUUUUUUUCAGUUCUUCGAGUUGGAAGGACAGAACAAAUUUGUUGUCCCUAACUGUGCGUUCACACCAGAUGUGAAAGAGGCGGCAAGCGCGAGUGAUUUAUAUGUUAAGUCAAUGCAAAGACGCAAAUAGGCAUCCUGCAGCACGGUAAGCGCUAAUGGCGCAGCACGAUUUGUGUGGAACGCACUGAUGGCACUUUCCGCGCGAAUUGAGCGUUGACCCGGGAGAAGCGCAAGUUGAAAAAUCUGAACUUUGGCGGAUAUUUGCGCUGCGUUAACCAAUCAGGAGCUUGCUCUAGCAGUGACGUGAUAACAGGAAGUGAGCGGAGUCGCAGAAGACUCUCCCAGGACGCAAAUUUUCGCGUGAAUGUCUCAAAUGACUAGAAUUUCAUGCGCAAAUGAAGCAUGUAAACUCAAAAUGUUCAAGCGUCCAUCUAGGCGCAAAUAGCACGUUUUUGCCCCCUCUACCGCAUCUGGUGUGAAUGCACAGUAAUAUAGUCAUCAGGGAAUCAAUAUGCAAAACCCUGCCGUCUAUAAUGCUUCAGGAUGUGCCAGUAUAUUAGUUUCUACCAGUGAACAUUGUAGAACUAGUAGAUAUGUUUUAAAAAACUGUAGUAAAAUGAUUUUGACUGUUUCCUGACAUCUAGUAGCUUCAAGACAUAAAAAUUCACACACCUAACACCCAGGGGGAAUCCAUAUGCUAAUCCUGCCGUCUAUAAUGCUUCAGGACAUGCCAAUUUAUCGGUUUUCACCCAGAAAUGUUGUAGAACUAGUCAUCUGUUUAAAAAACACUGUAGUUAAAUUAGUUUGACUGUCUUUUGCCAUAUAGUUGUUUCAGGGCAUCGAACUCAUACCCCAAGCUAACCUUUGUUUGCAUUACUGCAGUUUUUCCAUGAAUCUGCUAAACGUGGCACAAUGGUUACACAUGAUAGAGAGAGGUGACAGUAUUCAUUUUGAUUCUUGUACUCUAAGUUUUAGAGGGAUAUUAUCCACCAAUCUGGAAGUAUGGUUGUUAAGAGUAAAAGGUGUUAUCUCUGUUGGAGAAAGGGGCCAUAAAGUAUGUUCCCCCCUCCUACAGAGUCAGUCCAGGUUCUACAGCUGGUACUUCAUUUAUUCCUAGAAGAAUUGUUGGCUGAGUUUCAUUUAAAAACCCAGACAUCUUAACUCUCGACCUGCAUCCAACGGGAAACUUUAUACAUUAAAUGGAGGGUUUUUCACUCUUUGGUGUAGUGAUAGACAUAUCUGUAGGAACAGCAGCAUAACAAGCAUGCCAGAAUCCUCCCCAAUUGCUGAAUUUGGACUGGGUUUUGGUGGGUUAACCAGUCAAUCAGAUAAGGCUGCUCAAACAACUCUUUUAUGGCCGACCUCCGUGCCAUAGCGGGGAAGAAGCAGACGUUUUGAUUGGCCCACACCAUUUCUGCUUAUCAUCCUCUCAAACCCCUUCACCCCAUCUGAAUCCAGGCCGAUCGUAAAUUUCUCAAGCGCACAGCAUGGCUUUACAAAGUAUUGGCUUACCAAAGAACAAAUCUUUACAUUCUUCCAUCACCUGUCCCAUUGGCUUCAUACUCAUUUAAAGACACUAGCAUUCUGAAUUGAAUAUUUGUGUUAUGAAACUGUUCAAAUAAUCACAGUUAUUAAAAUAUUAAUGAAUGAAUGCAUGUUUGAUAUGGUAACAUUUUGCUGUCAUGUUUAUACUUUGUACAUUCAGCAUAAUGCCAAUGGUAUUUCAGAAAGGGUUUGGUAAGUGGAAAAUGCAUAGAUGAAAUUUUAAAUACAAAGUUAAACUCUGUACUGUAUGCUAUGCAAAUGAGUUCCUCACAGUGAAGAGAGGUGGACCACCUUCUGUGGACUUCCUCUGACAUCAACAGCCAAUCACGGUUCUGAAUCAGGAAAGCGCCAAGAUGAAAACUCCUCCUUAUCUGAAGUUAUUAAAGUACCUUUUUCCAGACAUUCCUCAUUCUGAAUCUCCCGCCUGCGUGCUAAGAGACUAAAACAGAGCACCCAACUUCUGAGUCUCCUGCUGAGAGAGACAAUAACAGAUAAUUGGAAAACCAACCAAGUUUCUGAAUCUCUUCUUGAGAUUUUACUGAGUUUCUGAGCUUGACAGAGACUGAACCGGAUCGACUACAAGGUCUGAGUUUCUGGCCUGUGUGUCCUAAGCGAAUCACACCACAUUCCAAGCUUUUCGUCCAGAAAGGCAAGCACAGACGUGAAGGUGAAGCUCAAAGAGCAAACCUACACUCCAAGGAACCUUCAUCUGCAUGUUCCAGAUUUGUUAAGGACCUUCUGCACCGACUACAGGACCUCGUCUGCAUGUUCCAGGUCGCGAGGAUCCUCUCGGUGCUUCCCGGAGAUCAGCAUUUUCACAGCACUUUGUGUCCAAGGCUGUUGAACUGAACCUGACUCUUUCCCCAUUGCAGCACGAACAAUCCUGAUACGUGGCCGACGGGCCACAUCUGGGCAUCUCAUUGGACCGCACAGAACCUGUUCAUCUUCCUACUUCACGGAAACACUGAGCAGGCAAAAACAUGUCUGAAGCUCCACCCCCUAAGAAAAUGAAGCAGACAGACAUAAGAACUUUAUUAGGACAUCCUCAUGCAGAAGGGGAAAUACAUGUUUUCCAGUUCCGUAUCGGAUACAAGAAACAUAAAGUGGCGUGUACUACAUCCCAGACUGUACUUGAUGCACUUAAUGAAAACGAUGCAUUUAAAAGUCACCUCAACAAACACAUCAACAAAGAGAUGAUCAUCCAGAGAGCCAAAGGUAAAGUCCCUGGAGCUGCCGUGAAGACAGAUUUCCCCUGCUGUCUGCUCGAAAAUGAUGAAAUCUUGGAUAUAAACUUCAUCAGCAAUGAAGGAAACAUUUCUGCAAACCAAAAAGUUGGAGAGCCUUCGGUUAAGCCUUCACCUCUUAGUAAAUAUAAAGCUUUUUACAUAAGAACGAGGGGGAAGAUAAGAAUAAGAGUAAUGAAGAACAACGAACUGGCGCUGAAAGUUGACUAUGUGUGUGUAUAUGCACUUAAAGGAGAGACACUUAAAAGCGCUCUUCAGCGUGAUGGGAGAUUCAGUGACGAAAUAUUCAGCAGUCCCUGUGAACUUAUGGACAUUUUUAAAGAUGCAAGCUAUGAAUUGUCCUUGCCUGUAGACAGUCUUUCUGAACAUCAGUUUAACUUAUAUGUUCAAUGGCAAAAGCAAACCACAUUUAUACCACAAAGUAGUGCUGUCAAUAAAUAUGAGAAAGCUAACUUAUAUUUUCAAUGGCAAAAGCAAACAUCAUUCUCAUCACAAAGUAGUGCUGAGGAAGAUGAGGAAGCUCCAGCUGAUCCUUCCACAGGUGAACGGCACAUCAAUGAGAAACAAAAAAAGAAAAGAAAGGAAAUGCGAAAAGGCACAGGGUCUUUAACGAAAAGGCGUAUGAUUGAUAUUACCUGGAAUUUGAAAAAUUCCAGUAUUCUUCCCUUCACUGAAAAAAUCCUGCGUGCUCAGUUUAAACAUUUGUUUGAGAAGCUAAAAGAACCAAAUAACUCAGAGUUAAAAAAACUCUUCGAAGUAGAAUAUGGGAAAAGCAUGAAGAAUUUCUGUGAAGUGAGCACAAUGAAGGAGCUCACCAAGUUUUCUGACUCUGUAUGUGUGAUUGUAAGUAACAUUUCUGCCAAGGGAACUGGAUUCUUACUAUUCGACAAAUUUGUCCUUACCAAUGCACACGUUGUCAAGGACUUACGUUCACAGGAAGGGAAGCUUUUAGGGAACCUUCAGGCCGUCUUCAAUUAUGAACAUUUGAAAUCAAAAGUUGAAUGUCUCCCAUUUAAGGAAGACCUCGCUGCAUACUGUUUUGAAAAAGAUAACGAGAACGGACUCCUUGACUAUGCUCUUCUUGAGCUGAACAUUGAUGAAGACAUCAAAUAUCCUGAACUGCUCAGUUAUUACAAACAGACUCCUCCUCCAAGGAGUGGUGGGAUCUACAUUGUGGGACAUCCAAAUUGUGAAACCAAGAAAAUGGAAAACUGCUUCAUCAUUGAGACUGAGAAUCGACUACAGGCUAUAAAUAAUCACGUAUCUGAGAAUCCUAUCUGUCCAUAUGUGCCAUCGCGAUGUUGGCCAUAUCUUCAUGAAAACCAGAUAACUUAUGACUCCUGUUUCUUUCAUGGAUCUUCCGGCUCCCCGGUGUUUGAUGAACAAUGCUCUCUGAUUGGUGUGCACACUGGUGGCUUUCAUUACGAAGACAACAGUGGUGAAUCAAGGAGUGUUAUAGAAUUCUGCUAUUCCAUGCAGUCCAUCCGGAAAAAUAUCCUUGAGACAGCAAGACCGGAUGUCAAGAAAGUACUGCAAGAAUUUGAAAGGAAAAAAGCAAACAUUCGUGUAAAGCAAGAACCACAGGAGGAAGACGUGAGUAUGGAAUCAGAUGAAUCAAACUAAAAAAAAAUGUGUGUCACACAGAUCUGUCAGUACUAUUAUAGAUUUUUAUUUUCAGAUUGUUUUAGAUGUAUACUCAUUAGAUCAGUGCUUCCCAAUCCAGGUCCUCAAGUAUCCCCUUCCACAAAGUUUUAAAUGUCUCCUUAAACACUUAAUUCAACUUAUCAGGUUUACAGGCCUCCCUAACAAGCUCAUAGAUAUAUAAAUAGCAGUUCAUUGGAACGAAUGCGUCAACUAGAGCCGCCAUAUUGAAACAUGGGAGCCCCUCCUCUUUAAUGCAUCAGCGUCAAUGUAGCCAAAGGUGUAACGGAAAUAAAAUCACCAUAAAUCAUAAAUGCAAUUUUGUAGUUUUUUUCUGGUUCGUUCCAAUGGUCAGACAUGUAUUUAGCACUAAGU